GCCAGUUUUGUAAUCUCCCAUUCCUCUUUUUUAAUGUUUACAGGCCUUGGUGAAGAUUUUCAAAUGCGAUGGUGCACAAUUUCAGAUAAGGAGACAUUAAAGUGCAAUGAUUUUGAAACCGUCAUAGCCACACUGGCUUCUCAGGCCAGUUUGGCUGUCAAUUUUUCAUGUGUUCAGGGGAGUAACGCUGCAGACUGCAUGGUAAAAAUUCAGAGUGGCCUGGCUGAACUAAUUACUCUUGAUGGCGGAGAAAUCCAUACCGCAGGUAAGCAGACAUUUUUGGAUUACGUAUCCCCAAAUUAGAGAGCUCAGUAAUAAGGACAGUAAAAGCAGCGCGGACAUCAUCAAAACUGUGUUUGGUUCGAUUCCCAGGGCUAGACCAAUACUGAGGGUUUUAGAAUAGCUUAGAAUUGAAAUGUACUGCCUUUGCCCUGCAAACGGCUAGACCUUCGCGUGGCUAUAAGCCUGCGAGGUGCAUUCGAUAUGUAUACUAUUUUUACAUUUCAGAUUUCUUUUUUAUGUAACUUUUUGGGUUCUUAGUUUUCAUAUACUAUCAACGUUCACUUUUUCCUUUUUUUUUAUUUCGUCAUGUUAUUAUUAAUACUAUCAUUUUGCGCGUUAUCCUUCAUUUUAAAUUAUAACGUCUCAGCUAGUUAACCUAGCCAUUUGUAAGACCCUGAAGAAGAAAGGCCGUGCCCUUAGAAAUAUUAGCAAAAAAUAAUAUUCCCAACUGUAAAACCAGCCUUGCUUCUUUUUGCUGCUGCCUUUAGUCUUUCUAAGCUCUCAAAUGCGCGAGUAGGUUUGUAUGCGUUUGCGAUUGGCAUAUUUAGCGAAGACAGCGUAACGACAAUGACUUCGGACAUAUUUGAAAAUCAGUCUGACCAAUGGCAGAGCGGCAAUGAGCACUGGAAGUCGCAUUUAGUCCUUUCUGCGAGCUUUUGUGUUUUCAUUUGACAAAAGAAAAGAAAACUUUUGCUCUUCCUUACCCCAGUGCUUGUUUCUUGGGAUUUUUUAACAGUUGCUAUGCGACUUUGCCUUUUAAGGAAAGAUGUAUGAUAUGGUCCCCAUUGUUGGUGAAGAUUAUGAGAGUGGAGCCCCCACCACAAGUUAUUUUGCAGUGGCGGUUGCAAAGAAGAACUCAGACAUUACGUUUAAGACUCUUAAAGGGAAAAAGUCUUGUCACACUGGAGCGGGAAAAACAGCCGGGUGGAAUGUACCGGUCGGUACUCUUCUGUCAGAUAAUAUCAUGCCGACAGACGAGAGUUGCAAUGCUUAUAUUGCAGCUGGGAAGUUUUUCUAUAAAAGCUGUGUACCAAGUAAGAAAGUUUCACUUACUAUUCUCUCUAAAAUUUAGUUUUAAAUGGGUAUUACAAGGCAAGAGAGUUUAGUGCCGCUAGCAGACUAAGAUGAGACUCUCUUCCCUUCAACUGAGUUAGUGAAGUGAUGCUGGUCUUUUCUCCGGUCUCCUGCCCCAGCUUCUCGCAUAGCAGGCCACGUACAAAAUGAAGAGGAGCUUAUAACGAGGAACAAGUAAAUGUAGUAUAUUCCUCCUCUCCCCCGUGCAUUAAACUGUUGUGUCACCCCAGUAUCCCAGCGGCUUGAUAAAAAGACAAGGGUUAAAGCGUAAAGUAACGGCAGAAGUCUGGGGCUACCCUGGUUUAAUUUGCUUUGGCAAUCAAACUGUUUUCUAAGUUUGAUAUUACAGCAACCUCAGAGGCGACCUAAAGGCAGCUGUUAAAUUGCGAUGAACAUAUUCUCGGCAAGGCGGAUACCAUUGAAGGCAACAAAGUUCAACAGAAGAACGUAGGAGCCUGUAGCGACUUAAUAGCCCACGUUCGAUAUAUUAAAAUCGUAACGUGACUCCCAGGUUUUCUGGUCAUUUUUUCUACAUUUGGUUUGGUUUUCUUUGUGUUCAAGUCUCUUUUGGGAAUUGUGAGACAAUGAAGUCUUGAAAAAUUUGCAAUUUUGUCCCCAAAGCCUCGGAGUCAUGCUAGAAUUUUAAUAUAUCGAAAAUGGGCUAUUACUAGGGCUUUCCACAAUUUUGCCAACUUCUAGUAUUUCGACCAGCUUUUUUCGUUUUGAGCAACUUUUUGCAUUCUGAGCAUUUUCUAGGUAUCUUCUUAUUCUGAAAUAUCGGAGCAGCUUUUAGUGCUUAAAUUGACCUUUCUUCCAUAUUUCACAAUGUUUUAGUACACAAUUCCUCAGUUAUGAAUUUCCUGUAAAAAGAGAAGCCAACCCCCCCCCCCCCCCCCCGGAAGAUAAAAGCAGCCGGGCUGCUAGGUCAGCGUCUUUUAGAGAAAAUUCAAAAUGGUGGACGAAGACUCGAUUCACACUCGACUGACUUGAGUGUCUCGGGUGAAGAAGGUCAUUCAACAAUUAUUACAUUUUAUGGUUUUAUUGAGAAUAAAGUUAUAUUUAGCGACGCUGGUUACGCCGCAAAAUUGCACAAAAAAUGCUUAGAAAUCUCACUUUUGUUGUGCAAUUUGCAUAUUUUAACAUCAGACCAAAAACAGAUUUUGUUUAUUCGAGCAACUUUUGAGCAACUUUCGAUGCAAAAAGCAACUUUUGAUUGUUUUUUAAGCAACUUUUUGGAAAAUCUCGAGCAACUUGUAGAAAGCCCUAGCUAUUACUAAACUAGUUCCAGAAGCAUUAAUUGAUUUCUCUGCUUCCGAUUGGCCAGGUAAUAUUUUCUGGGCAAUCAGAAUUAAGUAAUUCAAAUGUUUUGUAAGGAUCUGGCUAUGAGUAAUUACCCGGCUGCUCUUCCAUUCUUGAGGAAGGAUUCUUUGAGAGCCUAACCCACAUAUUAUGCAAUCUGCAACGUUCUAACUUAUUUUAUCUUAAUUACAGAUGUCAAAACUUCGACUUACGAUGGCGAUGGCAAAAAUCCUUCAAACUUGUGCGAUUUGUGCCCAGACGAAUGCACAAAAAGUGGCAACUAUUCUGGUUACUCUGGUGCUUUCCAGUGCUUGAAGGACGGAAUGGGAGACGUAGCGUUUAUAAAGCACACCACAGUGCCAUCAGCUGAAGCUAGCGAAUAUAAAUAUCUGUGUAAGGAUGGAAGUACUAAGGGUAGGUAUUGGUGAAAGUUUUCCACUAAUAAAAGCUGAUAAAAGUACUUAAAGGAGCUUUAUUUUACUAAAUUCAUCCAUCCGUUAAACUGACUACCAAACUGAGUAAUCCGCUCUCGCCUACUAAAACAGUCAAAAAAUUGACGCAUCAAGUUAAAAGGAAGACACGCAAAGUUCUGUCAGGACAAAACAGAAAAUGGAUAGUAAUUAAGGUGAUUCCUUAGUAAAAGAACCUAACAUAGAUUGUAGAUGAAACUUGGUACACUGAUGUAACAAGUCAAGAAGAUGAUAAAAAAGUAAUAAAAAGUGGGCGUCACCGUGCGAGAUAUCACAUUUAGGAUACAAUGUGAUAAAGAAAGCGUUUAAAUAAAAAUCAAAGUGAGUAAGCACAAGUUAAACAUCCACUAUCGAGGUUUUCCGUGAGGAAGUCGAACUCAGCAACACGCGUACUGCCUACGUUAUGCACAUUUCCAACACAUUGAGUCUCACCUCGGCAAGAAACAACCGCAAGCAAAAAUUCCAAUAGCGUUUCUCUUCAGUCAACUUCAUUUUAAUAAUGUUACUUCACAUGCUCUUUUUUACGGCGGCCAUCUUGUUAUGCGCAGUAAGAGAUGCGCAGUGCAAAACCAAGGAAUCACCUUAAGUAUUUUUGAAAACUUUUAAGCUAAGCAGUUUUUCAAAGUUUUUCUUUAGUUUUUGUGACCUGCCUUGGAUGAUAAAGCGACUCAGGAUACGGCAUAUUGAGGACAUUUUUGUACGUGAUGACCUUAAUAAUGUUAACCUUUUUGACAUGGCACCGUGAGUAAUCAUUUUCAAAAUAAACAAAAUGCAGUUACAAUCCCACUCAGCAUGCCGAUAUCGCCCAAUAAUGAAAACAAAACUCCUGUGAACAUAAAUGCGUUCUAGGCAUUUUCAUUGAACCCAGACGUAGUUAAUCGAUAAACCGAUAAUCGACAAUAAUCGAUAGUAAUCGAUAUUGAUCAUCGGUGAAUAUAGAUUUCUGAUAUCAAUCGAUAGAAAUCGAUAAAGAAAAAAGUUGUGAUUUCCAUUAAUAUCGAUUUCCGAAAGAAAUCGAUGAUGAUUUUUUAUCGAUUGUUAUCGAUUACUAUCGCUUAUUAUCGGCAAAGACAUAAGUCAUUAUUCGGUAGAAGUUCAACAUUAACAGAUGUUGUCUGUAAGGUAUUAUUUAGUCAUUCAGUUGUUUCAAUAGAGAGAAGUGUGACGUCACCUUACAUAUGGUAGCGCUAUUUCUGGAUGACAAGAAAACCAAGGACGAUGGCGACGGCAAUGAGAACCGCAAAAAAUAAUAUGUUUAUAAUAACAAACAACAACUUUGCACGUGCAUCACUCUAUUUUGUUCAUUUCUUUGCCGUUGUUGCACCACCACGACAUGGGAUUUCCUAAUUUCACGAGCCCGCUAUACGGAGUAGGUGAACACAACACAAAAAUUGUCGCUUUUUUUUCUAAACUUAGAUAACGAUAGAUAGGGACCCAAAGAAAAUUUCGCCAAGAUUUGCCAAAUUAAAUGAAAUCGAACAAAAUAGGUGAAGUUUGAAAUAGCCGGAAUAGACUUUUAAGUAACUUUUUCCGUUUGUUGUUAUCCAACAAUUUCGACUUCUCCGCUCUAUUGAUAAAAUACUAAAAGAACAAAACACUAACAGGAACAAAUUGCUCUUUGUUUUAGCUUAAGCGCAGAUCAUAAUAAUAAUAAUAAUAAUAAUAAUAAUAAUAAAAAGGCUAAUACAAAAGUGGCAGAAAAUAGCUCUCUGUUGCUGUAGCAACUCCAUAAAUAUGGAGCAUAAUAAAGAACAAAAUCAGUGUUCUUAUGAUUUCAAUGACCGAACUACGUCUAGAUUGAAUGGACAUGUAAAGAUCUAUUAAAACAGACCAGGAAACGAAAGAAACAACAACAACAAAAUGGAAUCUGGUGAAGACUGCGCCUGGAGUAGUUGCUGAAGUCAUCAAGAAUAAAAUGUGGGCGAUCUCAUGAGGGUUGCUUGCCAAAUAGCAUCGUCGUCAUGCAACCUCGUUCCCAGGUUAUCUCCCGCCCGUCUCUCUCGCUCCGUAGGGAAGGGAGGGACGGGUAGGGGCAGGAUCCCAUCAGGAGAAAACCCUUGGAACGAGGUUGCAUCGUCAUGUUCAGAAUAUUCACUUCAAGAGCAUUCCUUAUAUCGAUUCCUAUCGAUUGUUAUCGAUUUCGUUAAUCGAUAAUGGUCGAUAAAUUAUUUUUUCUGUGACUUCUACUUCUACCGAUUUCCGAUAUCAAUAGAUAUUAAUCGGCAGAUUAAAUCGAUUAAUAUCGAUUGAUUUCCGAUAACGAUUUUCAUCGAUUAACAACGUCUGGAUUGAAUUUGUGAUCAUGCCAUCCUCGCAUAUUGCUUUUAAAAAAAGCCUGAUCGCAACUUACGUUCUUACUUGGCUACUCUUACAAACCUCAGAGCUGGCUAGGCUCAUUUCCUAGAGCAGACCUUUUAUAUAUAGGCAUGAUUAUUUUCUCGUGAUGUUUAUGGAUGUGAAAAUAACUAAUAUAUCAUGCCUUGACAACAGCCUACCCCUGAAGCUAUUAUUUAAUCAACGGGUUAAGUGAACUUUAAUAGUCGUUAAUGUACUUAUAAAAAAGUCAUAAUCGGUGUUACGGUUCUUUGACAUAAGACAAGGAUAAAGCUGGUUCUGCAAAGGUAAAUAAAUCUGGGCAUUUAAAAAAACUAACCGUAGCUACUAAUACUAGAAUACAAGCGGCUUUUAAUUCAGUCCGGCAAAAGAAGGCGAAGCACUGGACACAAAAUCAAUUCACAAAUCGAAUGCACAAUUAUCAGAAAAAUACAAACCUCUUUGGAAAUGUUCAAAACGUUUUAUUCCUCUUCAGACUGACGGAUGAUCUUUUUUACUCUAACAUUGGUUGUUCUGAAUCCAAGGUAAUUUUCAAGUGACGAAAAAACAACAACAACAACAACAAAAACAAAAAAAAGCCUUUACAAGGAGUAAACGUUCGCACCUCGUAUUCAUAUUCAUUCGUAUAUUUCAUUCAGUCUCAGUCAGACUCCGAGACAAACAAACGCAGGCGAUGAGGGAUGCGCAGAAGCUUGCGCAGAACGUUUUUCCGCCCUGAAAGACCAACAUUGACGUCACGUAGUCUCCAGUCUAUCACGCGGCCAUUUCAGACACGUUUUCGUGAAGUUUUCGGAAAUGCUCGGAUUUUGAUCUUUUAUCUUUCUAUAAAGGCUUGGGAAGAAAAAUCUUUACCCAAAUCUCACUUAGGAUGGUUCUUUUUAGUGUUUGGUGAAGGUAAAGCGACAAAAGAAAAUAUGUCAAUUUUUUGGUUCAUUUGACCUUUAAAGAUUUUAUUUACUAUUGGGCCUUACAGACCACUCAAUUAUAUGAAUAUAUAUCUGUCUGUCUUUUCCCACCCGCUCUCCUCCCUCUCCCCGACAUAUCAUUUCUCAUUAUUUUCGCCGUGUCAUAAAAAUUGACAUUUGAAAUCAGCGCACGCUGUAGAAGUUGUUUUCCGUGGUCGUUUAAUUUUCUAGAUUUCUUUCUGGCCGCCUGCAGCAGCAAAAUUUUCCGGAAGGCAUCAUUAAGCCUUAUGAAGGAACAAGUCUCACGAUUGGCAAAGUCAAGAGUGAUAGCCUGGGACCCAAACUAAGCGCGCACGCAUUUAUGGGAUUGUUUGGGGGAACAAGUUGAAUUACUACGAGACACGCAAGUUGUUAUGUGCCUUUGUGCACAAAUUAUUUCAGGAACUCCAUGGUCAGGAGCAAGACCUAUCCAGCAUCUCUGAAGUUGUUUCACGGAGCAUUCUCGUGGUAAAGUCGUUCCAGGCACAUAGUCUUCCUUCAGCUUCACAUUAUCAUGUUCAAUUCCGUCUUCCGUUUUGCUAUUUUGAGCUGUUUUAACCCCGCUGAAACAUUCCACUUCGUAUUCCGCCAUGUUUGUUUACAUUCGCGUCCCCCCAAAGAAUCCCAUAGAUGCGUGCGCGCCUAGGCUAGGUCCCAGGCUAUCACCCUUUUCCAAAGUGGGCUAUAUGUUGCCGUAUUUCGUCUCAUUUUGGCUUAACGGGUGAAACACUGUUCACGGGCUUGAGACGGAAAGGGAUCAUAUUACGAGCUUUGAUGCGGGCGGUGACGAGUCUCUGGCCUCAGAAAGUAGUUUUUAGGACUCAAAUCUAUUCGGCGAGAACAAAAUUGAAGCUGAUUUCUGACCAGGCCAGAGACUUUGUUAAAAAUUGUUUUGAAGGCCGGCGUCCAUGUGUCCCUUUCAAAACGGCUCGUCUACAUCCGGGAUCAGGAAUAAAUCGACUGAGUGAGGAAAGUUUACAUGCGAUGAUUUAUGUGGAGAAAGCGAGAGUUAUUGAUCGACAGUAAUUUGAUGAUAUUCGGCCCGUAUUAAGUGUGAAAACAUUGUGCCUAGUUGGUUGUGGAUAGUUUUAUCAGUGCCGCGAACGUGGUUAAUUGUAUGAAGUGGUUAAUCCUAAAGUCGUUGACAGACAGAAUUAAGGUACGUCGUGGUGCUCAUAUUAUAAGAAUACUGUGCACAAGGAUAAAAACGCUUCGUGAGUGUUUUAUAGUUGAAGUGAUUUUGUCUUAGACAACCGAUUCUGGGCUCAAGAAAGGUUAAUUUUAGGUCUAUUUUAGUCGGGCGUCUCGCCAUAAGCCUCAUAGUUUGCGAGACUGAACGAUCAUAAUUUCUGUGCUUAGAAAUAAAUGUUGUUCAUUUCGUUACAAAUCUGUCGUUUUUGCCAAGAGCGACUUUUCGUGUGUCUCCAGCGAUUAAUUUGUUCUUUUAAAGCCUUAACUAGCAAAUUUCAACAGUUUCUUAUUCACCUCAAGGGUCAAAUUGUUAAAACUCACUUGAAAUUUCUUUAGGUACCUUUUUAUAAAUUCAGACAGAUAUAAAAAACGUUUGUUUUUCACAUACGUACAAGAAAUGUUGUCUCGCUCAAGUUUCGUCCCAUGUCGUGAUGAUAUAAUUCGGAAACCGUUAAAACGCUAACUAUGCCUCGCUAGAAACCCAAAAUGGAUGGAAUAUAUUGAAAUUAAAAGUGGUGACAUUCUUUUCCAGCCAACUGGAACGAUAACUGUUACCUCGCGCAAGUUCCAUCCCAUGCCGUGAUGGUGAAAAGAGGAAACGCUAACAAUGCCAACUACAAAAGACUAUUGCUGGAUGCUUCUAACGCCUACGGAAUCAAUCAAACUAAUUCCAACAUGUUCCAGUUAUUUGAGUCAUUCAAGUACAUGAACGGCUCUGAUCUCUUAUUCAAAGAUUCGACAAAGAAGCUCGUUGAUGUUGGAGAAAAAAACACCUACCAGAAAUGGCUUGGUGACCUGUAUCUGAAAGACCUCGAGGCCUUAGAUGCUUGCCCUACGACAUCUACGACACAUACCGGUCCAUCUGCAGGAGGCAACAUUAACAAGCUACAAUCAUUGGUUGCCAUGAUCUCGGCCUUCAUUGCGGCACUUUGUUACACAGGAACUUUGUUUGAAUAA